AUGUUGUCCCGCGUUCACAGCAAUGUUGUUCUAGAAGGAGCUUGUGAGCGAGUUGUUGUUGGCAAUUUGUACUGUGAUAUCCCCUUAGGUCUCUAUGCAAUCCGUGGGGAGAAUGUCGUCUUAAUAGGAGUGCUGGACUCGGAAAAGGAGGAGCUUCCGCCUCAUAUGACUGCAGUGUCGGCAGCCGAGAUAAAAAGGGCUCAGAAAGCAGAAAGGGAAGCAACAUAUCUGAAGGGUUCCAUGAGAAAAAGAAUGGAGUUCCUUGAUUUCGAUUAAUAUAUCCGCCUGUUUGUUGGAGUUUCAUGCUAUGUUCGCAAAUAUUAGUGCGACUAUAACCCAAAAUUUGAGACGAGGGUGGGAUAGCAUGAAAGUUCUCACAUUACCUCUGUUAUUUGAGGAGGAAGAAGCCAAAAGAGGGAGUAGAGGUUCUCGAGCAUUCUGAAGACCUUACAAUAUCUGCUAAAAGCUUGGGGCGAGGAAGUUCAAAAUUGCUGGUUUGUUGCUUUCAUGCAAGUAAGAUAGUUUCCUCAAUGUGCACUACGAGUUUUAGGGUUUUAGAAGUGUUCUGCUUAUUCUCGAUAUCGACUCUUAUGUUCUCUCUACUUCCUUUCUUGAUUCUUACAUUUCAUUCGAGUAGAAAACCGUUCAAAAUUGCUGGUUUGUUGCUUUCGUGCUGCAUUUUGUUUUGGCACAAUCACUUUUGAUUAUAUUUGUAAUCUGUUUAGUUGCGUUUUGUGAUCGUUAGAUGCACAAGUUAUGUUUCAUGAUCGUU